AUGAUUUUCUUAGUUCAUUUUAGCUUUUUCUUGUUAAUUAUUAAUUCAAAGAGUGCUUUGGCCUGUUUAGAUGAUAACUGCCGUUUAUUAGCCUUUCCAUCCUCGUUAUUCUUCGAGGGGGAACGUCUUGUUAACCACACCAUGGCAACCAUCAGUGUGAUUGACAGGGACACGUGCGAGUUUCGUUGUUACCUGGAACACAGCUGUGUCAGUAUCAACUUUAAUGUUCAACCGAAAGAGCCUGAGACAGAAAACUGUGAACUGAACAACUCAACCAGUCAAGAACAUGAGAAGGACUUGAUCAAGGCAGCAAAUUAUGUUUACCAUGGAACGAAUAAUGCCUGUGGUAAUUCACCGUGCAAGAACAAUGCAACCUGUCAAUCAGGUUUUACCAGUCAACGAUAUCGCUGCUUAUGCUCUCCCGGAUUUACUGGCCACAACUGUGAUCGCGUCGCAGAUAAGUGCAACAGCAACCCAUGUCAGAACCAAGGAUCCUGUAAGGACGGUAAAUGCCAAUGUCAGCCUGGAUAUUCCGGAGAACUCUGCGAAAUAGUCGCAGAUAAGUGCAAUAGCAACCCAUGUCAGAACCAAGGAUCCUGUAAGGACGGUAAAUGCCAAUGUCAGCCUGGAUAUUCCGGAGAACUCUGCGAAAUAGUCAUAGAUAAGUGUAACAGCAAUCCAUGUCAGAACCAAGGAUCCUGUGAGGACGGUAAAUGCCAAUGUCAGCCUGGAUUUUCCGGAGAACUUUGUGAAAUAGUUAUAGCCGAUCGGUGUGACAGCAAUCCAUGUCAGAAUGACGGCAACUGCAUUGGCGGUAAAUGCGAAUGCCUUCCUGGAUAUUCUGGAGAAAACUGCGAAGAAGAAAUUUUGGACUGUGCGCUAAAUCCAUGUCACAAUGAAGGAACCUGCAUCGAGGAAGCUUUUGGAUACAAAUGCAAAUGUCUACAAGGAUUCACUGGUGAUCACUGUGACACAGGAUUCAUCAGGAAUUCAAAUAUACUGACAAUAAAUGAAUCUUACUUGGCCUAUCUUCAUGAGUUCCUGGUCCCUGCCGUCGGAAAUAAUUCCCACUGGUUGCUAUGCUACCGCGCCUCUUUACAUGGCUGGGAAGGAAAGGACUUCCACACUCGUUGUGAUGGAAAGAAAUAUACCGUAACAGUUAUAAAGAAAAACCAGUAUGUUUUUGGAGGCUACACUGACGUUCCAUGGGCCGAUUGUCCUCCGGGAGCAAGAACAAAGGACCCGUCAGGUCGCUGUUGUGUAUUUCCUUUCGAGUAUGAAGGCCAUAUGUACCACAAGUGUGCAGGGAAAAUACUGGGAAUUUUCGGGAAACCGUGGUGUUCAUUCGAUGCUGUCUACAAUGGUGACUGGGCGUCUUGUGAUGAAAAUCCUAGUCAAGGAUAUCGCAGGACAGAUAAGGCUUUUAUUUAUUCACUCGACAACAAAGAAGGAAUGGCGCCGUUUAAGAGUAUGGUGAAGCAUGAUUCCCAAGCCAUUUAUAUGGAGAUGAGUCACGGUCCAACGUUUGGUGGAGGCUUCGAUAUUCAUAUUGCUAACAACGCAGGUCAUAAUGUUCAUUCAUACACCAGGUUUGGUCACUCCUUCUUGGCUCCAAGUGAGGUAAAGGAGAAGGAUACAGUGUUAGCUGGGAGUCUAAGAUUUACUCCUGAUGAAGUAGAGGUGUUUUAUCUCUCCUAA